AUGCCAGACGCAUCCAAAGCAAGAUCUUGUCCCCCGAGCAUACAACGUACAGAACAUGGCUGUCCGAAUAUUAGCAGGCCUCGACCACUCAUAAAGCGUUCGAAGUCUAUGGCCACCAGUAUACGUAGCUCUUCCGCCUCAGGUGCUUCGAGGCCGUCGUCGACGGCUUCUACAAUGAGCAAGUCUUCUAAUUAUGGGAUGACCAUGAUGCAGACAAUUAUCAAAGCCCUCAACACACCUAUUUCUGACAUCAAUUUCCUGUCCGACAAUCGCUCUUCGACGUCCGAUAGGUCCUCGAUAUUCUCACGGUUUCGUCGCGGUGAUGACAAGCAGACAGUGGAUAACGGUCAGUGUCUACCCGUGCCACACCUACGUCCCGCUUCGCACUUGCGACAGACCACGAUGUCGCUCCUAUCUGACUACAGCACUUUUCGCAGCAGCAUAAUGAGCGUGGGGAGUACUGGGAUGGCCUCAGACGAGAUUGUGGCUGCCGCGAAACGAUACUAUUCUUCCAUGAAACAAUACUUGACACUCUUCGACACUCUUCCCCCGUCCGUUCGCGACACGCUUGACGUACAGCGUAUGCGUACACAGCUUGAGUUCACCGUUGAUCUCUUGCAGCCAGUAAUGCAAGAAUCGCUAGAUGAUCAGACUGUUCUAAUCCUUGACAACACUCUGAUGCUCGUCAAGAACAUCCUGGUGGAUGUGCACAACCUCUUGGUUCAGCAGGCACAUCCGGCCAGAGUAGUGCUUGAGGAAGAUGAACAUGAAGAAGACCGGUCUUCAGGUGAAUGGUCUGGCCAAUGUGAAUACGAAUAUGAACACGAUAUACCGGGCAUACGGAUCUCCAUACAUGUCGAUGAACCUGACGAAGACAAACCUGAACGAGAGGAACCUAAUCCAGGUCCCAGUGGCCUUCGUCGAAUGCGGAGCUCCAUGGCGAUCUUGGGAAGCAUCUCAAAGGACAAGAACGCCUCCAACGACGCGCGCGGUAGCACCACCAACCUCACCGAGUCAGAUGGAUCUUCCGAUGACCAAUCGCAUACACUGCGCGGAACAUUCACAGAGCAUUCUAGCUCAACCCAGGAGACACUCGUUGAUCUAUCGCAGAGUAUCGAAGCCGUCUCCGCUUCCUUGGUUGCCUUCAAGUCGGUUCCUCUCUUCUCUUCAGGGAACCAGUCCGAUGCAUCCCUCCCGAGGCCUGUAAAACCUGCUGAUACUAUGGACGUCACGUACAAUAAUGACGGAUCCCCCAUCGCGAUGUCAUCCGCUGCCAUCAUAGAACAGUUGAUCAAGGAGCUGGGCGCUCGGCCUGAUAAGGCUGCUGUCGUGCACGUUGGUGGUUUCAGUGAUGUAAUUUUGUCGACUUUCCGUUUCUUCUGGGAACCUAUGCAAUUAUUGGGAUACUUGGAAGAGGUGUAUGACGAGUCCUACUAUAAUGACCGGAAGUUGAGCGUCGUCCUGAUCGUGCGGACAUGGGUUUUGUUCUAUUGGCUGCCUGAAGAUUCCACGGCUGAAGGCGUCCUGAAGAGCAUGCAGCGCUUCCUUGGUAGAGCGUUGGCCGACGGUCUCGUCUGUGUCACCAUCAUAGCCGACAUCCUGAACCGCCUUAGGCAGUAUUCCAGUAAUAACAGACUCUCUGCGGUUACACGCGACGUAUACCAGCUUGAUUUCGAGGACAUGCCAAGGCGACUCAUUGACUUUCGUCGUGAUGACUCCUUAUACAAGGGACAGUUCGAGAAUAUCCGCCUCACGGGCUUCAAUAACAAAGACGACUGCGUGGAAUUUGCACGGCAACUGACUCUACGCGAAUCUGCUUUGUAUCUCCAACUCUCCGCUAGGGAAGUUAUUAGCUGCUUCGUGCCGGGAGAAAAGGAGAAAAAUGGUAUCGCGAAGGAGAAGUUGGACAGGCUACGCGAGUUCUCGUGCACUGUCAAGCGCUGGGCAGAAUGGAAUGUGCUGAGGCGGACGACACCGCUGAAGCGGGCCAGGACGAUCGCGUUCAUGAUGCGCUUGGCCAAAGAGUGUGUUAUAAUCCGGAACUUCAGUGCGGCCCACUCUAUUCUCUAUGGUGUAUUAUCCGUCCAUCUGGAUAUAUUGUUCCAGACUGAAGCCGAAUUGUCGCCGAAGGCCAGAAGGGCCAUGACUUAUGUCUCGGACUUCUUCAAGAAUAACCGAAACAUCUGCAUGGAGUCAUCAGCGCAGCCAACAGUUCCAAUCAUGGCUGUAUAUUCAGGCAAACUCUCUCGCCUUUCUGAAUUUGCGGGAGUGACGUCGAAGUCCAAAGUCGACGAUUCUGUCGAAUUGAUAAACAUCUCUUUCUUCAGAACCGCCACACGCAUCACUUAUGCCAUGGAGAGCAACCAGCAUCCCUACAAGUUCAAAGCAUACGCCCCAUUACAAGCGUUCAUUAACUAUAUGCUGGAUGCCGUCCCUGGAGAGGACGAUAUUCAUGAGUUAUAUUUAAAAGUUAAACACGAAGAGCAGAACGGUUUAGUACCGACUAAGCCUAGUCUAUUUAACCGCCUGCGGAACAAUUCAAUUGCAUCUUUCCCAAGGUUUUGAGCUGCGUGUGGAUGACGUUGCCGCGUCUGAUCUACGUUGUAAUUUUUCUGCAAAGCGAUGAUAUUGCGAGUUCCUGAUUCUCCCUUAAUUCUAAUUCCAC